AUGGAGAAGUCGAACGUCGUCGCCUUGGAAAAGGCUGAUACCGUCGCGGUCCUGGCGGAAGCAGCCAACAAGACUGCCCUUGACGACAAGGUCCUCAACCAGGCCGCACUCGAGGCUACUGCUGAUGAUCACGAACUCACCAUCGCCGAGGCCAUCCGAGUGUAUCCAAAGGCCAUCGGCUGGGCGCUCGUGUCAUCCACCUGUGUGAUCAUGGAGGGCUACGAUACCAACCUCUUGUCCAACUUCUUCGCAUACCCAUCGUUCCUGAUCAAGUACGGCCGAUUCGUUGGGGUCACUCCCCAGAGUCCAACGGGAUACCAGUUGACCCCUGCAUGGCAGGCCGGUCUGUCUCAAGGUGCCGGCGUCGGCUCCAUCUUCGGCUGCCUCCUGAGCGGCUAUCUCGUGUCCAAGUAUGGCUCUCGUCGCGUCCAGAUCGGCGCCCUUAUCGCCCUGUCGCUCUUCAUCUUCCCCGUCUUCUUCGCACCGAAUCUCAUCGGCACCGAGCUACGCCGUACCGAGAUUGCCUGCGUCGUCUUUGCCGGUCAGAUUCUCUGCGGUAUUGCGUUUGCCUACAACAGCUCGUACUUCUUCUCGCAGAUGGGUCUCGGCACCAGCACCACCUACUCUCUCGCGCUCGGUGGCACUGGCCUUGCCUUUAUCGGCUGCCUGAUCAACUGGUUCGUACUGAUGCCCCGUCUCGGCCGCCGCACCAUUUACGUCUGGGGUAUGGCUGGCAUGUGCUCUGUGCUUCUCCUCAUCGGUAUCCUCAACGUCUGGACCUCGAAGGAAUCGGUCGCCAUGGCGCAGGCCUGCCUCACCAUGCUCUGGACCUUUAUCUUCCAGCUCUCCGCCGGACAGCUGGGCUGGGCGCUCCCCGCCGAGGUCGGCUCCACCCGUCUCCGUCAGAAGACCAUCUGCCUCGCCCGUGACUCGUCCAACAUCAUGGGCACCAUUGGUGGCGUCCUGCAGCAGUAUUUCAUGAACCCCCAGGCCUGGAACCUCAAGGGCUACACGGGCUUCUUCUGGGCUGGCACCUGCUUCGGCGUCUUCGUCUGGAGUUACUUCCGCCUGCCGGAGACCUGGAACAGGUCGUACCACGAGCUCGACGUCCUCUUUGCCAAGCGGGUCCCGGCCAGGAAGUUUGCCAGCACUGUCGUUGAUCCCUUUGACGAGCGGGACAUUUCCGAGAUGACGGCCAAGGCCUAA